UCUCUACCUUCUCUGUCAUUUUCUCUCUCCUCUCAUCGUCUUUCCUGAGACUAAUCAAGCUCAGCUAUGGCGACCGAAAAUGAACCAGCGAAGCUAUUGCUUCCCUAUCUUCAACGCGCCGAUGAGCUUCAAAAGCAUGAACCUCUCAUCGCUUAUUACUGUCGAUUGUAUGCGAUGGAACGAGGGUUGAAGAUUCCUCAAAGUGAGCGUACUAAGACUACUAGCUCUCUUCUUGUUUCUCUUAUGAAACAGCUUGAAAAGGAUAAGAAGUCGUUGACCUUGUCAUCUGAUGACCACUUGCACUUGGAAGGAUUUGCUUUAAACGUGUUUGCGAAGGCUGACAAGCAAGAUCGAGCUGGGCGAGCUGACAUAAAUACUGCAAAAACUUUCUAUGCUGCAAGCAUCUUCUUUGAGAUACUGAAUCAAUUUGGAGACCUCGCACCUGAUCUUGAGCAGAAGCAGAAAUAUGCAGUAUGGAAAGCAGCUGAUAUAAGGAAGGCUCUAAAAGAAGGAAGGAAGCCUGUUCCAGGUCCUCCUGGUGGCGAACAAGAUUCAUCCACUCCGUCAAGUGCUCCAAGCAAUGAAUAUGAUGCUGAACAAAGGCAGACAGGGCAUGAUGUCAAUCCAGGUCCAGAACUCCACCGAAUGCCCUCUGCUCAAUUCCCAGAUGGUUUGAAGAGACAGCCUUCUGCUGAUAUCUCACCUUCACCUCCAUCAUUUCGGACUGGCGAUUAUCCUCCACCUAGUGCCGAUUAUUCUUCCCAUACAGCUGAUUAUACUUCCCACAGUGCUGAUUAUCCGUCUCAUACAGCUGAUUAUCCUUCUCAUGAUUACCAAUCUGGUCAUGGUUCCGGAAGGCCAGAGAAUCCUACUUACCCUCAGCCCUAUCAAAGUCAAACUUAUCCGCAAGAACCUCCACAUCAACCUCAGGUUCCGCAAAAUUAUCAGUCGCAUGACAUUCCAGCACCUCAACAUCUACCGCAGGUUCCGCAAAAUUAUCAUCCUCAGGACAUGCCAGCACCCCAUUCUUUUCCUAACUUUCAGUCAUACCCAAGUUUUUCUGAAAGCAGUCUUCCAGCUGUCCCAUCACAUCAACCAUCUUAUUAUCAAGGUUCUGAUGCUUCAUAUUCUCACCACUCUAGCCCAUCAGUAACAAAUUAUGCAUCAGCUCCUCAUUUCAGUCCAGGUGGUAGAAAUGGUAAUGUUCAAGAUGUCCCAGCCAGUGGUCAAACUCCAACAAGUACUCAGACAUUCCAUUAUGAUAGCAACUACCAGCCUGCACCUGAGAAGAUUGCAGAAGCCCACAAGGCAGCAAGAUUUGCUGUGGGAGCAUUGGCAUUUGAUGAGGUACCCGUUGCAGUUGAGCACCUGAGGAAAGCGCUCGAGUAUCUGACAAAUCCUUCUGCAGGUCAGUAGGUUUGUCAUUGACAAUACAGUGUGAUCUGUCUGUGAUAUUUCUUGUUGCCUCUUUUUUUUGUUUAAUCAUAAAAAAUGGAUUGAGAUGUAAAUGUUACUGGAUAUGUCAAUGAUCAAAUUGUCUUACCUUACCCCAGUUACAUGAUGUGAAUGAGAUUUAUGUUUGCUUUCUAA